GUUAUUUCCUAGAAGUAGGCCGCUAUCCAUCCCGAGCACUAUAGCAUUCCGUACUUCGGUCUAUGUUUCCGAGAAAUAUCUUAUGAUUGUUGGAGAACGUUCGAGGUGCAAUUCUUGAGUGUCGUUCCGCCUACGGCAGCCUACUUAACAAGAUAGGACAAUGUUCUGUGAGAUGGAACCACCGGCUCGUGAAUCCGUGAAAAGAAUGAACCCGUCUCUCUGGACAUUAGGAACCACAGUGAUCUGUGUCAAGAUCAGUACCGGAGACGCCCAGCCUCUCAAUUCGUUGGCUUCCUGGGUGGACGGCGACAGCACAUUCCAUCUCCAACCACGAGACGAAACAUACCUCACAAAUUCCACCGAAGGAGAUGCGGCAAUUGACAGACUACAAGAGUGUGGUACCGGAGGGUCGGUCUGGAAGCUCGGAAGCGAAGCUAUCUGUAAAGUGAAAUCAUGGUAUGAAGGCCGUCAACUAGAAGCUACCACAAUUGACUUCGUCCGCAAAACUUGUCCCGAGGUACCAAUGGCCGAAGUAAUAUACUCUUGGAUCGAUCGGCCCAUCAACCGCACCUUUCUCAUCAUGAAACGAGUGCAAGCUAGAACGCUGAACACAGCGUGGCCUCACCUAUCCGCUGCCCAGCAUAUGAACAUUGCCAAAGAAGUGGCACAUCACUGCUCUAGUCUUGCAAGAAUAACAUCAUCGCGAUACGAAUCCAUCUCUGGAUGCGGAGUCUACGAGUAUUGGCUGAUGGGCAAGCUCCCUGCUUCUAAUCCUUCGUGGUUUUAUAUGACCGUUGGACCAUUCUCAUCAAUCGAUAUGAAAACAUACAUGACUAAGAUCUCGUGCGAAAUCUUACCUGAGCGGCCUAUUUCCCGCGUUUCUGGGUUGCCACCAAACCCGCGAUAGGAUGGGCUUUCAAUUUGGGAGAGCCUGUUCCCAAUGCUGAGAGAAGAGUGUGGGCGGAGUUACUUGUGAGUACCCUUCAGGCGCAGGGCUUCAAGUGUCUG